AUGAUGACGUUCUUCACACCGGUGAGAGUUCAAGACGAAAGAUGGACGAUUCGAGACAAGCUGCAACAGUAUCGCGGGAUCCUUAAGUUGUACGCCCGAGAGAAAAAAUUACAAGUGAUAAACGCCUCGAGGGUUAAGAAGAAAGUUUCGCGUGACCUGAAAGCGUUGACUAAAGAUGUGCAAAAUUAUCGGGAAAUUACGAACGACAUGGCGGACGGUAACAAGCGGCAAUUGCGAACAAUCAUGCAGCAUCAUCGGGACUACCAAUUGGCUUUUCAAGACAUGAAACCCGACGAUGCCUACGGAGCAAUUUACCAUCGAAACGACGUGAAUCGCAGGCAACUCGACAAGUUGUAUUACCUGAAGAAAAAGAGGAUGAAAGAAUUUUUUGACCUGAAGUUGGAAUGCGCGUUACUCAAGGACAAAUACGAGCAGGAACAGCAAUACGUGCCGGACUACGACCAUCAGCAUCUAACAAAUCAGUUUCAAAAUUCCAUGGCAAAGCAAAGUGCGGCUGCAGCAAUCAGGCGAACUUACAGCUACAUAUUGGACAUAUUGAAAAAGGACUCGGUGUAUUUCAACGCAGUUCUCGAUGCUCUCGUCGAGGAUCAAAAGUCGCAAUGCAAAGUGCUGAUAAAAGCGACUGAAAUGGGUCAACUCGUGACCGAAAAUUUGGACGACACAAGAUCGCGGUACAAACGCUUGGAGAAUGACGUCUGCGUGAAUAUGAAAGAGCGUGAACGCACUCUGACCAUCGUUAGAUUCCAGGUCGACGAUCUAUGGUCGUACCUUCGGUCACUAGUCAGAACCGAGAGCGAAGUAAACUUCACCGUAGCAAAUGCGGCUGUGACCAGCAGCGAAAUGGUUCUUCAACAGGAGAUGAAGGACUUGGAACAAGUAUUUGAAAAUAUCAAAGAGUCCAUGCUUGUACGUUCUUACGAUGAAAUAUUUCCCAGGUUUGAGGAACAAAUGAAACAGAAGGAACGUCUGAUAAAACAGUUCAAUCACAACGUGAGGGAACGUGACUCGUUUCUAAACAAAAAAAACCACGCCACUCUGAUUCUCGCGACCCUUGAGCACAGCAUGAUAUCGACAACUGCACGGUACAAAGCGGUGAAAAAAGAGAUGCUGGAGGAAAUUGAGGUGCAGAGGAAACGGGAAAUCGAUUUCAAGAAUCUGAGAAAAGUCAGGGGCGAACUGCUGAUGAACAUAAGAGCAGCUUUGCAGAACAUGAACGAAAUGCUGACUUGCGUUAAAUCGAGAACGAUAAAGAGCAAAUCGCAGAAGUCCGAUGAUGACAAAAAGGGAAAACUGUCCGAAGAACAGCGCAUCGAAGAUGAGUUACAGGAUGCCGACGAACCGGAAAUAGGAAAAACCGAAACCAACGGUUUAGCCCUGCUUUCGAAGGUGAGCCAAAAGGUGGGAAUGCUCUCUGGAGCCGGAGGCCCGGACCUCGAUAAGGAUCGGAAGGAAAGAGCGAGGGACAUGUACCAAACUUAUAUCUCUGAGUACAAAUCGAAGCUGAAAUACGGCAAGGAGGCUGAGGUAUCAGGCUUUUUCGUCGAACACGAAGUCGUCGAUGCAUCAAUUCUAACUCGAACCGACGUCAAACUGCGUAGCAGACAAAUUGUCGAGGCAAAUCUCAAGCCCGAAUAA